CAGAUUUCAUUUAACUUCAUCUAUUUUUCAUUCAACUUCAUUAGCUAAAAUAAUCCUCUCUUCUUUAGAGCUACAAAAAUGAACUCACAAUCAACCUCACCAACAGCUAAUGGAGGAAGAGAUCCUGUUCUCACAAUUGCAGCAGCGACACAAUGGCUUCUGCAUCCAUCAGCAGGAAAAGAAUCUUGUUGCAUCUUCAAGGUACGUCAAUGCCUUGCGGAAAUAAACAACAAGACUUACCAGCCCCAUAUUGUCUCCAGUGGUCCUUAUCACUGCGGUGAUCAACAUUUGGAGAUGAUACAGCAACACAAAUGGCGAAUCGUUGAAGAACUGCUUGCUCGAACACCUCCAAACGGCCCAACAUUUGAUUACUAUCGGCAAGUGGUGGCAGCAAAGGAAGCAGAUAUAAGAGGGUGCUAUUCGGAGACCCUCAGCUUAAGCAGUUAUGAUCUAGUUCAGAUGAUGGUGUUGGAUGGUCUCUUCACUAUUGAGCUCUUUUGCAGACUUGGAGGAUUGUCACUAGGUCAUGAAUACGAGUACGACCCCAUCUUUAAAUUGAAAUUCAUAUUCGCUAAUAUCAUACGAGAUCUUUUUCGUUUUGAGAACCAAAUUCCUUUCUUCGUUCUUCAAGACUUAUUUGAUGAAUCAAAAGCUUCAAGAGAAGAUAGUGACAAAUCCCUUGCCGAACUUGCCUUGACAUUCUUUAACCAUGCAUUACAAAGACCUGGUCAAGUGUUAGAUCAGGAUUUCAGUGCUGCUGGUGAAGCAAAACAUUUACUCCAUUUACUCCGCUGGAGUUUUAUCCCUAAUCAUUCACCUCAAGAGAAGCCUGUUCCACCGAUUGAAUGUAUCCAAUCAGCCAAAAAGCUUCGUCUAGCUGGAAUUAAGUUCAAGACAAGGGAGGCAGUGAGCUUCUUAGACGUAAGAUUUUGCAAUGGAGUGCUGGAAAUUCCACACAUAGUAAUCGACGAUCUUCGUACUGAUCUGUUGAUGAAUUUUGUAGCAUUUGAACAAUGCUACUCUUAUUGCUCAAAGCAUGUGACAACUUAUGCUGCAUUCAUGAGUUGCCUGAUCCGCACUCCAGCAGACGUAUCGUUUCUCUGCGAAAAAAACAUUAUCGAGAAUUAUCUUGGAACUGAUGGAGAGGUUGUUCAUUUCUUCCAAAACCUUGGCAAAGAUGUGCCUUUAGAUAUUGGCGAGGGUUAUCUAUGGAAGUUGUUCAAGGACGUGAAUGAGUACCAUAGAAGUAUGUGGCAUGUGCGAUGGGAAGGUUUUAGAUUCAAGUAUUUUGGUACUCCAUGGUCUUUCUUGUCUGCUUUAGCUGCUGUUAUACUCCUACUACUCACUGCAAUUCAGACUUUCUUUACUGUUUAUGGAACGAACUAGAGUAGCAAUAAUGUUAGGAUGUUUGCACUUUUUUGUUUGCACCUUGUGUGUAUUUUUGCGUCUUUUAAUAUCUUCCCAAGCUGGAUGAGUAUAAAUAUGGUCAUCAUGGUCCUUAGCCAGCUCUGUGAAUGUUCUGAUUAUGAAAUUCUCCUCUGUUUCCCCAGGGGCAUGCUGGAUAUUGUCCACUGUAAAAUGAUCCAGUACUUGUCCAAUCUGUUGUUGAUGAUCAUUGACAUCUUGUUGAGUUUUGAACACAAAAAUUAGCUCUUCUAAUCCCCUUUCGCUCAUGAAUUUCUAUAUAACUGUGGAAAGGAAAAGCGCCUGGUCAGGGAAGGGGAGUUUGUUGAAGAGCUCUGUAAAUGUUCUGAGUCUGAAACCGUCUUCAGUUUCCUCUGGGAGUUGCUCCACUGUAACAUCUUCACCUACUAUUGUGGAUUUCUUUCGUCCUCUCAUCUUGAUCAGUGACAGAGAGUUGGCUGAAUUCGAAGAUUGAAGGGUAUAGGAAUAAUUCACCACCAUCAUCAACAUGAUCGGUACUAGAACUGUUGAUGGGCUGAUCAAGUGCUGAUUUGGGAAGUUCGAGCUUUGACGAAUAAUCCAUGUGAUCAAGAAUGGCUUACAAACUCGGGUUUCGAUCGAAGAAAGCUCUGGCCGUAACUUGUUCCUAGAGGAAGUACAAUAUUAAUCAACAA